UCAUCAUCAGCAUCAUCAUCCGCAUCAUCUUCAUCUUCAUCCUCAGCCGCAGCUGCAGGCUCACCGCCGUCACUGUCCUCUUCGUCGCCAUCGACGUUACCCAUGCGUCCGAUGUUCCAAGGCCUGCCUCUCUCCACCCUCUCCGGCCCGGCUCUGAGUAUGGGCAUGCUGGGUGGGUCAGCAGCUCUGCUCCGGCCUGGCCCCGUCACGUCCGGCUCGGCAGGUCUUCCCGCUCCUCUCCUGCAGUACCCGGGCAUGUUCCCCACCCCAGAAGAGUUAAAAUACUUGAGCAUGGCUCAGAUCCAAGCGGCCAAUCAGGCGCAACUAGCUGGGGAAGUCGCAAAGAUGAAACCGCCGUAUCUGACAAGGAACUAUCUAGAACUAGCGAUGCUGGUUUGCAACACUUUCCGCGGUAAGCUGUUUCCGUGUCCACAUUGUCGCUACGUCACGGAUCGCCGUAACAACCUAAAGCGUCACGUAGCAACCAUGCACCAAGCUUGUGACAAGCAGCUGGAGUGCUGCGGCGUGACGUUCUCUACGAAAGCCUCUCUGAGAGAACACAUCACCAUCUUUCACCACAACGGAUACUCCUGCGCUUACUGCGGCCGUCGGUUCUGCCGCAAGGCACUUCUAAAGCGACAUCUGAGCGUCCACAGCGGACAGAAAGACUACACCUGUCCACACUGCGACUACGCCACUAGCCACAAGUCAAACCUGGAGAGACACAAGAGGAUCCACGCGCGACUCCACCUCAUGGGUGCAUCAGGUCUGGGAGAUGCUGGAAGUCAUGCCGAACUUCUCUACGGAGACCACGACGACAUUAGCGUGGAGAAUUCUCCAAGAGCAGAAGACGUCGGGGAGUCGAGCCACUCUCCAGGGGCUGGGGUUCGAAACUUGACCCGAGCCUUCCAUAUGGACACGGGACCUUCAGCCAUGACGUCAUUGUCUCUCGCAGGUCACCGGGAGCGAUAUCACCUCGGCCUGGCUUUGAACUCUGACCCUUUAGGAAUGAAUAAAAUGGAGCUGCCUGAACCUUCAGGGGAAGAAGAAGAAGAAGACUGUGACGUCGACAUCGACGAUAUUGACGAUGAUGAGGUUGAUAACGAAGAAAGUGGCUAUGGCGUAAAGGAAAUGAGAGACAGCUUUCCUGCUACACCUGGCCAGCCCAUCAAUCUAAUGACUGGGUCAGCCCAUCACCGCUGGAGCAGACAUCCUCAGCCCAGCCAACUGGACAACGUGCCCAUAAACCUUGUCACAGAUAGAAACGUCAGAGCCAGUGUAGGAAAUGAGGAUCGUGUCAAGGGCACACUUUUGGUGGGAACCCGCCAAGAUGACGUCAGAAACACCCGUAAUGAUGGGGUAAUGUCACCGCGUUCUGACGCCAGUUCUAAGUGAGCGCCUGGAAUCGAUGGCUUUCCACUUUAAAAAAAAACUAAGUUGCUUUCUGAGGGCUACGGCUCAAAACUAAUCUAAAGACUCUGGAAGAACGUCGUUGGCCAAAUGGACACGUCGCAGUUAACAAACACAGUAAAAACUUGCUCGUAAAUCUAAUGUUUUUCAACCCAUUAGACACAAAUUGAGUUGUACUAAAUUCUUGUCUUGUUGGGUAUGUUGGUCAUACUUUUGGAAUCACACAAAAGGAAAAAGUAAACGCAUUUAUCAAUAGUGUAUAAUGCAACCCCCACCCCAACCCAGACACUAAUUAUUCUUUAAUAUCAAAAGACUGAUCGCUUCAAAUUUAAUAACACAAGAUUACUAUGUAUCGAAGAUGGCGCUUUUUAUAAUUUUAUACAAUUAUAAAUAUCGUGUAUGUUCAACAAAAUGAAUUCUCCCUCCCCUCAAACACACUCAUGCACACGGUCUCGGAAGAUUAUCAUUGGAUUCACAUUUCUUCCAUUUCCAAUAUGGUCUGGCUGAUCCCUCUUUCACUCAUUUAUCUCAUUCCAAACAUGUGUUUUCGACAGA